AUGGCUACUCCUUCCCUUCCAAUCGAAAAGGGUUUAGACCCCAAAUCACAAGAAGCAAACUUUGUUCAUACAGUAUAUAAUGAAAUCGCUCCUCAUUUUUCCCAAACCAGAUAUAAACCCUGGCCAAUUGUUGAAAAAUUUUUAAAAUCCCGCCCCGAUUAUGCCAUUGGAUUAGAUGUAGGUUGUGGGAAUGGGAAAUAUUUGAAUGUUAACGAAAAGUUAUUUAUGAUAGGUACUGAUAGAUCCGAAGGUCUUGUUGAAUGUGGGAAAGAUAUUUCCAAAAAUACUUAUAAUUUAGGUGUAGCCGAUGGACUUUCAUUACCACAUCCUAAUAACACUUUUGAUUUUGCAAUUUCAAUUGCUGUUAUUCAUCAUUUUGCUACUGAAGAAAGAAGAAUACAAGCGAUUGUUGAAAUUUUAUCGAAAUUAAAAUCAGGUGGGGAAUGUUUGAUAUAUUGUUGGGCAUUAGAACAAGAGAAUUCACGUAGAGGAUAUAAAGAAGGUGAUGAACAGGAUAUUUUGAUUCCCUGGGUUUUGAAGAAACCUCAACCAAAGAAAGAAAAGAAAAAGCGAGCAAGAAAACAUCAACAGGUGAACCAAAGUGAUAAAGACGGAAGUGAAUCUUUGCCAGAGGCUGAGGUUGUUACAGAAACUGAACCGGAGCAGAAACAAGAAGAAGCAGGCGAAACCAAAUAUCGAUUCUAUCAUUUGUACAAGAAGGGUGAAUUGGUUGAUAAUGCACUUAAAACUAAAGCAUGUUCCAUAGUGGAAGAAGGAUAUGAAAAGGAUAAUUGGUGGGUAGUAAUAAAGAAGCUUUAA